AUGUAUGUGGCGGGUCACUCGGCACGGGAGGACGAAGAAGCGCUCCUCCCUCAACAACUACCGCCGGGAGGGACGUCAGUCCGUACUACGGAGUGGUCCUCACAAUGGAAAAACAGUCUACAUUCACUUUCGUUUCGGGCGGUCUUCUGGCAAGGCCUUGCCUUCAUGAGGCCAAGCUUCCUGCGGAAGCGAGCGCCGCCACCAUCUUCUUCUUCUUCAGACUCGCCAGAGAAGGCUAACGCUCCUUUGAGAAAACCACACGCAACCGAAUAUCUAGACGGUGUUCGCGGUGUCGCGUCCCUCAUUGUUUUCAUCCUGCACUGGACCCACAUCCCCUACCCGUCCGUCAACACGGGAUGGGGAUACAAGGACAACACGUCCUUCUGGCUGCUGCCUUUCAUCCGGAUCAUAUAUUCGGGCGCUGCCAUGGUUUCUAUAUUCUUCGUCGUCUCCGGUUUCGUCCUCUCCCACCGUUUCAUCCAGCGGAUGCAACGCCAAGAGUACACGGAGCUGUUCUCCGGUCUCACUUCGCUCACUUUCCGUCGGGCCAUCCGACUCUUCCUCCCGGCCUUCGCAUCUAGCUCCAUGGCGUUCAUCUGUGCGUCGCUUCGCAUCGUCAACGUCCCGCGCAAGGUGGAGGGCAAGCCCUUUCAUCACAGCCUAGGUGCCUACGUCGAUUACCUCGAUCGAGAAUCAAACCCGUGGGACUGGGCCGCGGAUUUCUCCGGCUUCUACAACCCGCAGCUGUGGUCUAUCGCCGUGGAAUUUAGGGGCUCCAUGGUCGUCUUUCUCUUGAUCAUGGGAUUGGCAAAGACGAGGACGGCCGUCCGCAUAGCGGUCGAGACCUUACUCAUGGCCCAUUCCUUUGGGCACUGGCGCUGGGAUAUCGGCCUAUUCAUUGCCGGCAUGCUUCUCGCCGAGCUCGAGGUUAUCUUGCAGAAGCCGAAGAGCCCUUCGAAGAGGAGGAUAGUCAACGCUUUGCUCAUGCUUAGCAUAGUACUCGGCCUUUUCCUUUGUGGAUAUCCCCGGGAUCACAACACGCAGACCCCGGGAUACAUGUGGUCCAAGUACGUGUGGCCUUUUACUGCCUACCGUCGACGCUUCUGGUUAGCAGUUGGCGCGAUACUAGUCGUUGGCCCCAUGGUCUUCAUGCCCUCCAUCCAGUCCAUAUUCCUCACUCGACCGGCACGCUAUCUGGGACGCAUAAGCUUCGCACUCUACCUCGUUCAUGGCCUCGGCAACCGAACAAUCGGCAAGUGGCUGCUCAACGGCUGCUGGGAUCACAUUGGCAAGGAAGGGUACUGGCCGUACACCAUCAGUUACAUCGUCUCCACAGCCCUGUACUUCCCCAUCGUCAUAUGGGCCUCCGACAUGUUCUGGAGGGGAAUCGAUGUUCCGUCGACGAAUUUUGCUAGGUGGUUUGAGAAGAAAUGUGCUGCGUCGUCAUCCAUAACAUCAGGGGGCGCGAGAUAG